AUGGAUUCGACUCUUGCCGACUUUAUUUUGGAAGACAAUUGGGAAAGUGAAUUGAACAGUCUAUUCCCUCAAAACAAUGAAGUCUUUCUUUUGUUUAAUCAAGAACCAUCCUUUAGUUUUGAUUCGUCAAUAGUUUCGUCUAGUAAUGUAGAGUAUUUUGAAAACCAAUCCAGCGUCUUUUCUCCAAUUCCGAUUCAACAACAAACCGAUAGUAGUACUAGUAGUAUAACCCUCAAUAAUGUAGAUUUACAUUCUGAAUUAAUUUCAUCCAAUGAAAAUGUUGCAGAACAGUGUUUACUUUCGAAUAGCAACAAUUCAUUGAUGAAUCCUUUGCUAGUAGGCGAAACCAUGACUCCACUCUUUGAAGAGCAAUUACAAUCCACAAUUGCUGCAAUUAUCGAACAACCUUUUGCAAAUCUCAUUUUCGCAGCUCAACCAAAUCCUCAACCUCCUCAACAGGAAGAAACUAAAAAGAAACGAAAGGAAAUUUCCAGCUCGAACGAAUUCUACGACCAAUCGAAGAAGAGAAAGAAGGACAAUACUUUUGCAAUUAAUCAUUCAAUCACAGUUUCGUCUGCUGGAGUUUCUUCCAGUGUAUCCUCUAGCAAUUCUAAUACUCCAACCACUCCAACAGGUAGCAACUCAAAGAAAAAGUCAAAUGCCAAACGAAAGGGUUGGUUAGAAAACAUUUGCAGUUCCAUCGAUAAACCACCAGAAGAAUUAGUCUUGCCACCAGUUGUUGGAAAUGGCGGCAAAAAAACACUAAGAUUCCACACUGUAAACUUUAAAUAAAU